GAAACAUGUAACCAUUUUCUCCAUUUUCAUUCUCUCCUCUUCUGGAAGCAAAGGGAGCAGAAGUCAAAAGUUGUCCAUUUUGAUGAUUUCUUGAAGAGGCACAAACAAUACUUUAUUGGGCUGCACAUUACCUAAAUUCCCAUUUCAUUAUUAUUCAAUCUCGUGGUUGAAUGGUCUUCAAUAGAAUAUUUAUUCUAUACCUUGUUUCUUGUUAAUAUUUUAUUAUGAUCAAUUAUGUCUUGGUCAACAAAUUUUGGAUUAGUUUUUAAUUUUUACCAAUAAACCAAAGGGAACUGUAAGGUCCUGUAAAUAGUUUUCAAAAGAAAUUAAUUAAACAAUCAAAAGGAAGCAGGUAUUAUUUUUUUGGCUUUCUAUUGAAGACUUUUUUUCCUAUAUAAGUUGUAAUUAAUAGGCCAUGUCAGCCGGGGCGUUAUGUGGUGUUGCCCCUUUCUUUUUCCGAAAGAAGUUUUCUGGAUUUGAGGGGAAAGCACGGACUGAGACCAAUAACAAAACCUCUAAUGUGACAUCAAAGAACGCUAAAAGCAUGAAGAGUUCAAGUGGUGUGGCCGGCAAUUUUGUAACUAUGACAGCGCUUAUGAACAAAAUAACCACACUCCGAGACUUACUCGAUUUCUCUCCUUGUGUUGGUUCUGCUUCUGUGAGCGAGUUGCUGACGUCGACCCUGAAUGAUCUCUUCAAACGCUACCCAAAGAUUAAGCGGUCAGAAACUAUAGAUGUGCCAAUGCAUAAGACUCUCAAACUUUUCUGCGAUGCUCUGAAAUCAGUUGGAGAUAUGUGGACAACCGAGGAGUGGAUGGUCAAAUGCAAAUUCGACACCUCCAUGAAGUUAGAACAUUUUGAAUUGGAACAAAUUGCGCUAGGACUGCUCGAGGACAUAAUAAAACUUGCUAGAGAGAGAUUAUUUGACGAGAUGGAUGACGACGACGACGACAUGAGGGACUAUAACCCUUCGUCAAACGCCUUUGGAAAAGCACUUUCGGAGUCAUACUCAGAUGGCCCAAUAUCCCUAUCCACCUCCCCACUAACACCAACUUCGGUUCUCCCAAAUGCUUGGAAAUCGUCGAGCAUUCGCGAAAAGGGUUCAUACUCUCCGCCUAUGCUUUUGCCGCUCAGAGUCCAGGCAGUCGGCAAACUCAACCCCAUCGACCUCAAGCGCCUCUCAUUCCACAUGUUCCCUCAUGGGAAUUCCCUCACGCAGGAUAUUAUUAAUAAUAAUAAUAACAACAUUAAAGACAAGAUUACCCAAUCAGUCAAGACAGAAGACUGCGAUCAAGAAUCGAGAAAGUCGUCUGAACAACAACUGGAACCUGCAGAGCACGACCUUAUGGGUAAUCAAGAUGAUGAGGUGAUGGGGGAUAUGGAAAUCGAGAACGAGGUUGUGGACAAAAACAUGGAGACGAGCGACGAGAUUGGAAAAAUCCUGAAAAAUGUUUCCUUCGGGAAUACAGACGAUGGUGUGAAAAAUUUGAUCCGUGUUCAUCAGCCAGCAACCUCACCAAAAUUUGAAAAUGUUCCAAAUAAGAAUGUAACAACUCAAUGUUCGCUUCCAACCACCAAUCUGUCACAGCCAUCAUCGGUAACAUUUUCGCUUCCCACGCCGCCGCCGUUGCCGCCAUCUGCGCCUUCACCAAACACCGCUCCACCGCCGCCGCCGCCAAUGGCAUCAAGGAAUGGUGGGCCGCCGCCACCACCACCACCGCUGAUGGCAUCAAAGAAUGGUGGGCCACCGCCACCACCACCACCGAUGAGAGGAGUGAGAGGGCCACUGCCGCCGCCACCACCGGCAAACAGAGGUGGUCAGCCGCCGCCGCCGCUGCCGGGGUCAGGGAGCCUUCGUCCGAGGAAAGCCACAACAAAGCUGAAGAGGUCGUCGCAGAUGGGCAACCUGUAUAGGCUUCUGAAGGGGAAAGUCGAAGGGUCAACCUUAGAUGGAAAGUCCGCGGGACGCAAGGGUAAAAUUGGAACUGCGGCUGCUGGAGGAAAACAGGGGAUGGCUGAUGCACUUGCAGAGAUGACUAAGAGGUCGGCAUACUUUCAACAAAUCGAAGAAGACGUGAAAAACUAUGCUGGCGUAAUUAAGGAGGUAAAAAUUAAGAUCAGCUCCUUCGAGACGUCAGACAUGACUGAGCUGCUAAAAUUCCACAAGUUUGUGGAAUCCAACCUUGAGAAACUAACUGAUGAAACUCAGGUGCUAGCCAGAUUCGAAGAUUUUCCUGGAAAGAAAUUGGAAGCAAUAAGGAUGGCAUCAGCCUUGUACUCCAAGUUAGAUUCAAUUGCCAACACCUUGCAGAAAUGGCCAUUUGCUUCACCAAUUGGCCAACUUUUGGAAAAAGUUGAGUCCUACUUCAACAAGAUCAAGGUAGAGAUGGAUGCGCUUGAGCGUACCAAAGACGAAGAACUUAAGAGAUUUAAGGCCCAGAAGAUCAACUUUGAUUUCGGCAUCCUUUUACGCAUUAAGGAAUUGAUGGUGGAUGUCUCCUCAAACUGCAUGGAGGCAGCACUUAAGGAGAAAAGGGAAGCCUCAGCUAAAGAAAACGUGGACCCUAAUAAACCAGACACGAAAAAGACCGUAUCAGGAAAACUUAUGUGGAGGGCCUUCCAAUUUGCAUUCAGAGUUUACACAUUUGCCGGUGGCCACGAUGAUAGGGCCGACAAGCUGACAAGAGAGCUCGCAAAAGAAAUCGAGACUGAACACUAAUCGCCACAUGAAAAUAAAUAUUGUCUAUUUCGUAUCACGUAAAAAAAUACAAAAAAUAAAAAAUAAAUACAAAGAGACCAUUUGUCUUGAGGAAAAGAAAAAGAACAAAAAAAAAUGUGACAAUACUUUUUUAGAGAUAUGAUGCGUGUGUAAUUUAUAUUUCAACUUGAACACUUCUUGGCUUAUUUCAGUCGAGCAACGGUAGUAUUAGGGAGGUUCUGCACGUUGCACAGGGAAGACUAAGCUAAUAGCCAAAUAUUAGCACGUUCUGACAUGUAUUAUCCGACCAAGUUGUUGGUAACUCUAUCAAAACUCGAUCUGCAUAGUAUCUGUAUAGACAGUGUUCUGUGAGAUGGGAUCUUUUGGGUUUUAUAUGAGCCAUUAUAUGGUGAAUAUUACGUUUGUUGUAGGUUUUAUUGUGUUGCUUUUGUUGAUAAUGUACUUUCGUUGUGUUAUGUACACAUUUUGCCG